AUGGAGAACACACGCCAGCUGCGAAGGCAUCUGAGCUCUUCCUCGGAGGAACCUGCUAUCGCGGCCAGCAUGGUUGGGGACGCACUGAAAAAAGGACAGCGCAUCGGGCUGGCACGCAGCGUCUAUGGGGGUGCUGGAGGCCACAACACUCGCAUCUCCGUUGCCCGUUACGUGGGGGGCCCCAAGAACGUCCUCGGAGGAGAGCUGUUUACUGGCAAUGAGAAGGCGGCCAUGCAGAACCUCAAUGACCGGCUGGCAAGUUACCUGGAAAAGGUGCGGUCGCUGGAACAGUCUAACGCCUCCCUGGAACUGAAGGUUAAGCAGUGGUACGAAGCCAACUCGUCCAGCAGUCCCCGGGACUACAGUGCCUACUACAAGCAAAUCGAAGACCUGCGCAAACAGAUUAAAGAUGCUGAAAUAGACAGAGCCCGGUGUGUUCUGAAAAUCGAUAAUGCUAGGCUGGCUCUUGAAGAUUUCAGAAUAAAGUAUGAGACUGAGAGGUCAAUGUGUAUUUCUGUGGAAACUGAUGUUCAAGGCCUGUCUAAGGUCUUUGAUGAUCUAACACUCCGUAAAACAGACCUGGAGGUGCAGAUUGAAGAAAUUACUAAAGACCUCGCUCUCCUCAAAAAAGAACAUGAAGAGGAAGUGGGAGCCCUACGUGGUCAGAUGAACAAAUCUGUCACAGUAGAGGUGGACGCUGCUCCAGGCAAGAACCUUGGUGCUAUCAUGAAUGAAAUGAGGCAGAAAUAUGAAGCCAUGGCUCAGGAGAACCUGAAGAAGGCCAAAGAACAGUUUGAUUUGCAGAUUGGCAGUCUGCAGCAAGAAGUAACAUUGAGCACGGAGGAGCUAAAAGAAGCUGAGAGUCAAGUCAAGGUGUUAAAACAAACCUACCAGACCAGCGAGAUAGAACUCCGGUCCCUUUUGAACAUGAAAGAAUCUCUGGAGCAGACACUUGAGGACACCAACAUGUGGUAUGGCGAGCAAUAUGCUGCCAUUCAGCUACAGCUAAAUAGCCUAAAGCAACAGCUGAUUAAAAUUAAGAAUGAUUCAGAGCAACACAUGAAAGAGUAUGAAAUUCUCCUGGACAUAAAAACCAGGCUUGAGCAGGAAAUUGCCACUUAUCGUCGCCUUCUGGAAGGAGAAGAAAUCAGUACAAUUCGAAGCAUAGAAGAAAUUGCAUGUUUAAACAAACACAGACCAACGGUUUACGGAGUGAAGAUCGCUUGUAAAUUUGGGGAGAAUGAGACGUUGUCCACAAAGUUGAAGAAAACAAGGAAGAUUAAGACAGUCGUGGAAGAAGUAGUGGACGGCAAGGUGGUAUCAUCUGAAGUCAGAGAGAUGGAAGAAGACAUGUGA